AUGGCCCCAAAGUACAAGGACAAGGACGGCGGCGUCGUUCUGACCUUCAAUGGCCAGUGGGUCAGCUGGUCGCAUACCGUCGUCGCGUACACUGCCUUCAUUAGCGCUCUCAUCGUCGGCGUCUCGCUUCACUAUCACAAAAUUGUCGAAAAUGAAUUCUACCGUUACCCUGACGAGUGGUUCCCCUCCGUCUCCGCCACCAUUGGCGACCGCUACCCUGAGCGUUCCUUUUUCAUGAUCUUCAUCGCCAUUACUUCGGGUCCUCGUUUCGCCCUGGUCGGCCUAUGGUAUCUCCUCACCCGUAAACCCGGCACCAAGCUGCCCGGCUUCGUCGCCACUAUGGGUGUCUUGCGCACUCUGACCUGCGGCGGCUGGACCUACAUUACCUCGACCGAUGACCACGACUGGCACGACAUUCUCAUGAUCUCCUAUAUUGUGGCCACGCUGCCUUGGACCACCGGCUGCAUUGCUCUCAGCCCCAAUAACCCCACGGCCAUCAAGUACCGCAAGUACCUGGCCAGUGCCUUCUUCGGCACUCUGGUGCCUCUGAUUUACUUCUUCAUUCAGCACAAAGUCCAUCGUGUUGCGGGAGCUUACACCAUCUACGCCUUCUUCGAAUGGGCUCUGAUCCUCUUCGACGUCGGCUUUGACGCCGUCACCGCCCUCGAUUUCAAAACGUUUGAGAUUGUGGUCCGCGAUGUCCAAGGCUCAAGCAAGGGUGACAAUCAAUCUGUCCCAUCUGCCGUUUUGGAAAAGGAAAAGGAGCAGGCGACCGCUGGUGUUUUUGCCCUGCGCUUUACUUGGACCGAGGCUCUCGACACGGCUGCUGAUAUUUACCACGGCUUUGUCUUCUGGUCCAUGCUCACAAGUCUCGGUCUCCUUGUUUGGUACUUUCCCCUCUGGCAUAUGGGCAUUUCCGGCUACGAAGCCUUCGUCAUGUCUACCAUCUCCCCCUUCCUGCUAUGCAUCAGCCCCCUGCGAUCGCUUGUCGUCAACAAUCUCCGCAUCGUCCAUCUACUUUCUCUCUCGGGCGUUGGCGCUUACCUGGUUCUCGAUCCCGUUUACCGCCUCUUUACCGUCGGCUUUGCCGUUGCCAUGAGCUGCCUCGGCUGGGUUGGCACGCUGUCUUCCGAGUCGAUCCAUGAGGCCCGCUUCGAGUCCAAGGUUCUCGGCCUGCUAAUUGGCCUAAUUCUCUCCUCGACUGCCAAGUUUGCUUGGACGACCAACAACCCGAUUUGGCCUAUUAUGCACGCUGCCAAUGGUGGCUGGAACGGCACUGGUCUUGCGCUCGGGGUUUUGGCUGCGCUGCGCUUCACUCGUCGCGCCCCUCUGAGCAGCGGCUCGGCCCCCUACAAGAUGCCUGGCUCAGUAUUCCUUUCCGCCUGCGGUGUUGGUGGUCUUUUCUUCGCUCUGCACUCACUCCUUUCUGACACCAGCACCAUGAUCCUCUGGGUCUGGGAGGGCUUCCCCGUGCGUGGCCCUUACUUUUCCACCCAUGGUUGGUUUACGCUCGCCGCCAUGUCAGUUGGUGUUUUCAUCGGAAUUUCUCGCCCCAACCUGGCUGGCAGCUGGCUCACCUUUGGCGCCGGCUCUCUUGGCGCUCUUUUCCUGACACUCUACAGCCACUGGGCCGGCUACUAUGGUGGUCUUGCCUUGACCGUCUACAUCAUGGCUGCUGCUGUGCCGCUUCUCUCCGCUGCUUCCAAGAAGAGCCCAGCCGCUACAUUCGGUCUGGGUUUCCUUAUCUACAACUUCAUGGUUCUCUUCCACGUCUGGGUCGUCGCAUAUGCGUUCGUUCCUGGUGGUCCUCUGGUGCGCGAGCAUACUGACUGGGUCAUGCUGUCCAUGAUGCUUCUUGUCGGUGCGGGUGUUCUCAACUUCAACAGCUCCAAGCCCAAGCAAGCCGCUCCUCGCCGUUCCUCUCCAUCGCAGCACAGAAAGUACAAUAUGGUGUCCACACUGGUCGUCAAUAUUCUCUUCAUGUGCGCCGCCUUUAUGCGAUUCCCAACCAACGACUACAAGCCGUACCACGCCGAGGACCGCGUGCUCACUGCCGGUAUCUGGACCAUCCACUUCUCCCUCGACAACGACAUGUGGUCUUCCGAGUAUCGCAUGCGCGAUCUCAUCAAGGAACUCGAGCUGGAUGUCGUUGGUCUGCUCGAGUCCGAUUUGCAGCGUAUUAUUAUGGGCAAUCGUGAUACUACUCAAUUCCUGGCUGAAGACUUGGGCAUGUAUGUGGACUACGGCCCUGGCCCGAACAAGCACACCUGGGGCGCUGCUUUGCUGUCCAAGUUCCCGAUUGUCGAGUCGAAGCAUCACCUGCUUCCCAGUCCUGUUGGCGAGCUUGCUCCCGCUAUACAUGCCACGCUUGACGUGUACGGUGAGCUUGUGGACGUCUUUGUUUUCCACUCCGGGCAGGAAGAGGAUCCCGAAGACCGUCGCUUGCAGUCUGAGUACCUUGCCAAGCUCAUGGGCUCGACGCCGCGUCCGGCCAUCCUACUCAGCUAUCUCGUCACCAACCCUCUGCAGGGCAACUACAACACGUACGUCAGCGAGACGUCUGGCAUGCACGAUGUCGACCCGACCGACUGGGACCGCUGGUGCGAAUACAUCCUGUUCAAGCGCCUCAAGCGUGUGGGUUAUGCCCGCGUCAGCCGCAGCACGAUUACGGAUACCGAGCUGCAGGUGGCCAAGUUUGUCAUUCCACAGUCCGAGUCGGAGAUACGCCAGAUUGAGGCCAUCCCUGAGGAUGAGCGUAACCGCCGGGCGGAGGAGAGCGCGGUGCCGGCUGGCUGGAGAUUCCCGGCCAUGUUCCGCGGCAACGGUGUGCGUGACCACCGGUACCACGUUUUCGAUGAGCCUAGAUACUACAACUAA